CACUCCGCCGCCGCCGCUGAAGAAAUCAAGAUGGCCGGAAGGAAGGGCGGCGAGCGGAAGAAGUCGGUGACGAGGUCCGUCAAGGCCGGGCUGCAGUUCCCGGUUGGCCGCAUCGGGCGCUUCCUCAAGAAGGGCCGCUACGCGCAGCGCGUCGGCUCCGGCGCGCCCGUCUACCUCGCCGCCGUCCUCGAGUACCUGGCCGCCGAGGUGCUCGAGCUCGCCGGCAACGCCGCCAAGGACAACAAGAAGAGCCGCAUCGUGCCGCGCCACCUGCUGCUCGCCAUCCGCAACGACCAGGAGCUCGGCAGGCUGCUCGCCGGCGUCACCAUCGCCCACGGCGGCGUGCUGCCCAACAUCCACUCCGUCCUCCUCCCCAAGAAGUCCGCCGCCGCCGCCUCCGCCGCGGAGAAGGAGCCCAAGUCGCCCAAGAAGAAGGCCGCAACCCCCAAGAAGAAGACCGCCGCCAAGGAGUAG